CAAGGAUGCUGUCCCGUAGCGCCGGGCUGCGUCUUAUAUAGCGGGCUUGCAGUGCACGGCGCUUGAACUCGUCGCCCUCGUUCUCGUCUACCUCCACGAAAUCACUGUUGUUGUUGUUGUCGUUGUAAUUGUUUGAUAUGUCUCGCGCGAUUGCUGGUCUAUUUCUGACGAGUGCGUUGGUGUUGAGUGCGGGCGCGCAGACGACGUCGCUGUUCAUCCCGGGUUUAGCUGGUGAUGGACCGCUCAGCGUGAGCGAGAUCGGUGUGGGGAGUGAUGGGCGGACGACGUGGGCCGUGGCAUCUGGCGCUGCCUCGGGCACCGACACGCCACAGUUCCCCGGCACAGCUACGUUGAUCGAAGGACCGAACGACGCAGUGGUUACAUACGCGCUGGGCGACGGCGGCGCGGUCGUCUCGUGCUCGAUAUCCGGCGCCUCCGCAGUGUGCGAGGGCACCAUCACGGAGGACGGGCAGACGUCCACCGAGGUCGACACGCUCCCCGCGGAUCCUACGGUCGUCGCUAUCGCCACUGGCAGCGGAAGCGCGAGCAACACCGCCAGCUCGCCCUCGGCGACCUCGACGUCGCCGAGCUCGCGAUCCUCCUCAGGCUCGGGCAGCCCGUCGCAGACAAGCAGCGCACCGUCUGCGACAAACAGCAACGCUGCUGUGAGCGGGCAGCGUGUUUCGGCUGGGUUGAUGGGUGUCGUGGCGGCUGGUUCUUUGCUGUCCCUCUUGUAAUGGGUGGUACCAGUGCCGUAUCCGGUGUUUCCUCAGGGUAGCUUGCGGGUCAAAAAUGAUGUUGACGCCUGUCAAUAUGACUAGUAUAUUAACAGCGUGUUCCCUUGUUUUCCUUGCAUGUUAUAAUUUAUUCGAUGAAUUGAACCGUGAACUGAACCGAG